UAAUAUUUAAAAAAAGAACAAAAACCAAAAAUAUUUACAUAGUGCAAGACAAGAGAGUGGCAAAAAAGACAAAAAUACAAAUAAAUUAAAAAUUUUUAGUUUUAAAAUAUAUAUUGCAACUUCCUGCUUAAUCUCUCUCCGCCGGGAGCAGCAUAGAGUGCGUCAUCUAUAAGGAAAAUACUCGAAAUCGGAAAACUUUGUGGCUGAGAGGAUUGGUCUUGGGCGGAGGCGGAUAGGAUUAGAUAUGCAUUCAUUUGCAACAAAUGGCCAUAUUUGCGAGCCGAUAUGAACGAAAACUGCAAUUGGAUGAUACCGAGGAGAUAAGCUGUGAAAUAUCCACCGUUGAGGAAGUCGACGGUCAUACGGAGUACUUGCUGCGCGUACAGAGGGGGCCGAAUAAGGAGAAUUCCUGGAAUGUCCUGCGCCGUUACAAUGACUUCGAUAAACUGCAUAAAUGUCUACGUAUCUCUGGCAUCGAAUUGCCGCUGCCUGGCAAACGUUAUUUUGGUAAUAUGCGCCCGGAUUUCAUAGCUGAAAGGAAAGAAGCACUGCAAAUCUUUAUAAAUACCGUACUAAUGAAUCCCAUAUUGGCCUCAUCGCUGCCGGCCAAACGGUUUGUGGAUCCCGAGAGCUAUUCGCAAUCAUUUCAUGAUCAUGCUAUGCAAAAUGCCAUGCUCUGCCUGCGCAAUGACACAAUGUGGGCACUGGGACCCACUAUGGGUGCCAUAGGUUGGCGUCUACGUAAACAUUAUUUUAAGGUCACACCAAAGCCACCAGAGAAGAGCGGCAGCAGUAAAUUGCUUGUCAAGAGUGGCUCACAGACGCAUCAAAGCAAACAUUUCGCUUCAGGCUCUGGCAAUAGCAAUGGCAGUGGUAAUUCCAUGGAUGCUGGCAAUCUAGAUCCACAGGCUGAAAUGGUAGCCGAAUGGUUGGAAUAUGGACCCGAUAAAUUGGUUGAUGAAAAGGAAAUAAGUGGCAUACUAAAGAGUCUAAUGGGUCUGCAGCAUCCACACAUUGAACCCAUAGUCCUGGCCGCUCACACUGAAAGCGGUUGCCUGGUGAUCCGGCGAUUCCACAAGCAUGGUUCGUUAAAGGAUAUGCUCUGCAUGGUUACCACCCCGAAGAAUCCAUUUUUAAAUAAAUAUGGGAACCCUAAGGGACGCACUGCGCUCUCCAUGAAACAAGUGGCCACUUAUGGAAGACAGAUUUUGGACGCUUUGAUUUUCCUCCAUUCCAAGGGAUAUGCUUAUGGUCAUCUACAUGCCGGCAACGUUGUGAUAGUUGAUGACUGCGUGAAACUGUUGGAUAUAGAAAAUUAUGUGCUGGGUGUUCCAGCUUUCUAUAGGCCAUUCUUUAUGCAGCACAGUAAAAUUCAUGCCAUAGAGACAAUUGAUGUUUACUGCUUUGGCCACGUUCUGUUUGAAAUGGCCAUGGGUUAUCCCUUGCAAGAAUCGGUAGUCCGUCAAAUAAACGAAUGCCCCGAAGCGCUAAAAUGUCUGCUGGAGAGCAUUUUAUCGAAGGAAGCCUGUAAAGCUGGCCUGCCCACACUGGAGCAAUUGAGUGCACAUCGUUUCUUUAGCCAAUAUGCUACCCCAUCUGCAGUUGCUGCCGAGAGUCAGGGUGGUGAGAAGCCCCACUUUAAACUCUCACUCAACGCAAAAGAAUUACUGAAACAGGCAGCCAUCAAGAGCGAAACACGUUUGCGUGACGAACAGAAAUCGGUGAAGAAUCAAAAGCGUAUUGUGCGUGUCCAGGAGCUGAUGAGCUCAGAGGAGGAGAAACGAAAAUCCAAGCAAAAAGCAAAAUUAGAGCACAAACAGUCCAAGCUAAAGCAGCAAGGCUCACUCCAAACAAACAAUGGACGCUUGUCGCUAGUGGCUGCAUCCUCUACCUCUACAACUUCUUCCAGCACAGCAACAACAGCAACAGCCGCUGCUGUUGGGCUACUAAACACGGCAGACUCGUUCAAUCGCUCCGACAGCACACCAGAAGAGCCCACACUACUGGCCGGCCUAAAAUCUCCACCGCUUACUCCGGCACCGCACUUGUGUGGACAGCAGGGAGAUUUACCCACCGCUGGCAGUAGCAUGGCCAGUUCUGUGGGAAGGCAAUCAUCGACACCCAAUAUGCUAUCCGAUGACGGUGAUGCCGGUGGCGAAGAGGAUGAGCCCACACGUUCAGCUCUGCUCGAGUCGAUUUGCAAAUUCAAUCGCGGCUCGCUGCGUAAAGUGCGAUCCAAUGACUAGUCGAUGAAAUAUAUGCAGCGAACCUAUACAACUAAAAAAAAAAAAUAUAUAUAUAUAUGUAUACAUAUUUUUUGGACCAAAUUGGCGUUAUGAAAUAACGGUGCCAGAAGAAUACCAAAAUAUACAAAGAAACAAAAACACACAUUUUUAGAUGCAUAUUGGUAAAAACACACACACACAAACACACACUUGAAGAUCAAGAAUAGAAGUCGAAACAAAAAAGUAAAAAAACAAUCCAGCAUAAAACUAUCUAAAACAAAACGAAACCCACUGAAUAUGAAUAUUAUAUAUAUGAUUAUUAUAACAUAUUAUCAUUAUUGUGUGUGUCCAACCCACAAAUUUUAUGUCUACA